AUGUCUUCUAUUCAACAAACACAAUCCGAAUCAUCGAAUUCCGCCAACACUGACAGCCCUGGAACCUUUGCAAGUCUUCCCCGUGAGCUCGAUGACAUGAUAUGGUCUCAAGUUCCAGUAAUCUCAGGCCUCCGCUUGAUCGAAAUUCGUGCCGAUCCAACUGUCCAGACCGGCGAGAAACAAUUCAAAAUGAGAGUCAAAUUUUGUGGAAACCCCAACGGCCGAUCUUUGAACGCAAAAACCGUAAUCCUUUCCCCCAACAGAUACAUGUUUGAUCAUAAGAUCAUAAAUCCUCAGGUUGUCAACACCGCGCAAGACACCUUUAUGUUCAACGGGAUUAGUCAGUUACAAGAGUAUGUUCAGCAUACGGGAGCUAUUAUCAACAAAAAUGGUGCGGUGGGCUCGGAGCCUGCAUGCUAUCCAACAAUGCAGAACCUGGUAAUCACACUGUUCCUGGAUAUUGGAAACCCGGGCUCAGAACCAUAUUCGGUGUGGCUCAAUCAUCUUUGCGAGAAAAUUGAUUUCAACAAGUUCAUCUUGAAGAAGAUUCUAAGAGAGCUUCUAGAGUCUGUCAGCAAGGCACAGACUCUUAGAAAGAUACAUCUCCUGAUUGAAGAGGAGCAUAUGCCGGGAACUGGACCUAUUGAGCGUAUUGAUGGUCGGCUCAUGGAUCUUUUUUCCAAAGACGAUGAGUUGCAACGCCGUUAUGGUGAGGGAAUAAGAAUGCCAGAAGUUGUGUGUCUGACGAUGAUGGAAUUUCCUGAGGAAUUGGUGAGAGUAGGUCGCAGAUAUGGCAUAAAUGUACUGGGAAGAUCCAAUGUAGCUUAG